CUGAUGCACGCGCGUCAGCCUCCCGUACAGACAAAGUUUAAACGCUCGCUUUUCGUCACUACAUUAUCGAGAUAAGAGGAAAACUGCAAUACACCUGGCAAAGUUUCUGACGUUGUCUUUGGGAAUUAGUCGUGUUGUGGAAUAACGCGGAGGAAGUUUAAUUUCUGACUUUGGGAAUAAUUCUCCGUGGUGUUUUUCCGUCAUCAACUGCUUACUCCAGCUGAUAGCUGAAGUGAUACAGGUAUGUGAAUCUGUAUGAACGCCCAUCAUGCGACUGAAGAACCUUCCUCUGUUGGAAGUCAUUGUUGCAGUUCUGUGCCUAUUCAAUGACACAAGUGCAGCUGAAGAACAUGUUCGUGCCAAAAAAGGCAGCAGUGCAGUGUUGCCCUGCAGUUUACCAGCCCCGCAAAAGGACAGCUCAGCUUCUCAGUAUGUCAUAGAGUGGGUUCGCCAGGGCUUCGAUACCCCCAUCCUCAUCCAGCUCGGAGUUCAUCCUCGAGUACAUCCCGACUAUGAUGGUCGAGUGUCUCUCCUCGGGGGCACGUCUCUGCAGAUGAGUGGUCUUCAGCUGGAGGAUGAAGGCUGGUACGAGUGUCGAAUCCUCCCUCUUGAUCAAACCACAGAAGAAGCUGGAAGCAGCGGCAGCUGGACUCGGCUGUCCGUCACAGCUCCUCCAGUGCUGACAGAAACCUCUCCUCCGGAGGUGGAAGUGUUUGUUGGUAGAUCAGUAACCCUGAAGUGUGCAGCACAGGGAAAUCCACGGCCUACAGUCACCUGGUCCAAAGAUGGAGCACCAAUAAAACCUCAACACAAAGUAAAGAUGAUGAAUGGAAGUGUGUCUUUUCAUGCGGUGAGCAGAGAAACAGCAGGCCAGUAUCAGUGUUACACUUCCAACUCUGAAGGAAACGCCACUCAUGUCACACGACUCAAAAUCAUCGGUCCACCGGUGAUCAUAAUUCCUCCAUCGGACACUGUCCUUAACAUGUCCCAGGAUGCCAAGCUGAAGUGCCAGGCUGAAGCAGAUCCACCAAACAUGACCUACGUAUGGCAAAGACAAGGAGUAGAUAUUUAUCACAUCGAUUCUCUAAAGUCACGUGUUAAAGUCAUCGUGGACGGUACACUUCUCAUAUCACGUUUGACCCCAGAGGAUUCUGGGAACUACACUUGCAUGCCCACUAACGGACUUCCAGUCUCCCCUUCCGCCUCUGCCGUACUCACUGUACAGUACCCAGCACAGGUGAUUCAGAUGCCCAAACUGACCUUCCUCCCCACUGGCAUGAGGGGUGCGAUUGUGUGCCCUAUCCGAGCUGAACCUCCAUUAUCACACAUCGACUGGAUCAAAGACGGCAAACCACUUGAUUUAGGCAUGUAUCCUGGAUGGACGCUGGCUUCAGAAGGCUCUAUUGUCAUUGCGACAGUCAAUGAUGAUGCUGCUGGUGUUUACAUAUGCACUCCAUACAAUAGCUUUGGGACAAUGGGACAGUCUGAGCCCACCACUGUUAUACUGCAGGAUCCUCCAUCAUUCAAAGUGUCACCUCGUAAUGAGUACAGACAGGAUGUGGGGACGAUGCUUGUUAUUCCCUGUCAGAUGGUCAGUAACCCAGCUCCAAAAGUCAACUGGAGGAAGAUUGGUGCAGCCUCUCGUUCGCUGUUCACUCUGGCAGCGAAUGGCUCUCUCAUUCUUCAUCCUCUCAGUAAAGACCACCAGGGGGAGUGGGAGUGUAGCUCCAGCAAUCGAGUGGCCACUGUUUCCAUCAAAACAACGGUUCUUGUGCUGGGUACAAGUCCUCAUGCAGUGUCGUCAGUAUCUGUGAUCCCGGGAACAAACCAGGCCAAUGUUUCCUGGGUGGCUGGCUUUGAUGGAGGAUAUACGCAGACAUUCACUGUCUGGUAUAAACAGGUGUCAGCUGGAAGGACGGAAGAAAAGCAAGAGUGGUUGUCUUUCUCAGACCUCUCUACUGAGAAGAGUCUGUUGGUCGCCAAUCUGCUGCCUGCCACUGAGUACCAGUUCAGUGUCAUGGCCCAAAAUAAAAUUGGCACUGGGCCCUUCAGUGAGAUCAUCACCGUCACAACUCUGGAUGCACUUCCUGUUGUGGCCAAGCUGGAACCUCCUACAAAUCUCUCAGUCAAUAAGAGUUCAGAGGGAUUUCUUUUGUGGUGGUCUGCGCCUCAGUCAAAAUCUCCACCUAUUGACAGUUUUGUCGUACAGUCACGCCUUGAAGGAGGAGAGUGGGAUAAUCUGAAAGAAGACAUUAGCCCAGCUGAGAGUAAAAUCUUUCUCCCAGGGUUAUGUAAGGACUGCAAGUAUGAGCUGAGGCUUCUUUCGCAGCAUGGAGAUCAGCUGAGCAUGCCCAGUCCAUCAAUCAGUGUCUCCACCUUUGGAAUGAAUAUGCGCCCAGCCAGUUCUCGCCUCCUAGACUUUCCCAACCAUCUAAUGGCUGGUGUAAUGGGUGGAGUGGGACUCCUUUGCCUCGUUCUUGUCCUGACCUUGGCAAUAGUUUGUUUCAUUUCUUACAAAAGAAGCAGAAGGCGCAGGCAGAAUAUUAAGGAUCUCCCUCCUGCAAUGAAUAAAAAUGCAUCUGUGAACAUCCCUGAUGACACCCUGAAGCAAAGGCUCCUACCAGCUCAUCCACUCUCCUCCUCUUCCUCCACGUCCAAUCAUUCCUCCCUAGACAAGUUUAGCCACGGUGAAUUUCACGACCUACGCCAACAUCAUCUGCCUCAAGCUAACCCUCCAUCCCACCAUUCCCUCCCUGAGAGUCAUCUCCAAUUGUCAUCACUUGCUCCCGUGUCCUCUGUGGAGUUUAUCCACAGAGGGCCCGAUGGGCGCUUUGUUGUCCAUCCUGGUGAAGGUGACAGUAAUUUCAGUUCUCAAAUCAAAAGAAACCCAAAUCAAAAUUCCCAUCAGGCAUCAGAUGGAAGCAGGAGCUUCAGAAUACAGAAAUCCCAGUCUUUGAGGUCCUACAUGGAUGAACAGAGAAGGCCACCAUUUGUACUUUCGGUGGACCUUCCACCUUUUGGAUCAGAUAUUCCUUCUUCCAGCAGAACACGAGCUAUGGUUAAGCACCUCUCUUUGAAUGGCCAUUACAUGCCCAUUCUGAAGAAAGAGGUUAUGGAUGUACCAGACCAGACAAGUCUCUCGUCAGAUUGCAGUGACUCCUAUCUCUAUCCCCAUUCAGAAAGUACUCUAGGUCAGCAGUCCCCAAAACGAGAUACCAACCACUCUACAGCCAGUACUCUGGUUUUGCAGAUGGAACAUGAAAGGGAACAAGGAAACCUAAGCCGAUGCUUGACAUUGGCUCGUGAGAGAGAGGAGCUUGAAAGGGAAUUGCGCAAAUACACUGUUGAUCUAAAUUCAUCUAGCCAAGAACAAACAGAUGAGUAUGGAAAUCUUUGGAAAACUCAAGAAGCUUCAACACCUCAGGUUAAGUACCAAACUAUGAGACAAAGCAUUUUAUCUGAGAACACCGGCAUGUUGAAAAGAAGAGCUGCCUCUUGCAUUCCAUGGGAAGAAAGACACAAGAUUUCGUCUGCAAACUUGGUGCCUCUACAUAAAUCUUAUGAAAAUGAUAUCAAAUAUAGGCAGAAUCAAGGUUAUAAUUCUAUCCAGAAGUCCGGAUACCAACGGUCUCGAAGUUUAGACAGAGAGGAGCAUCGAAAAUCACGUACAUGGGACCAAAGACGAAGCAAGACACCUGUUGAAUCAAGUCGGUAUUGUAUAAUGGAUGACUUAAUCUACAAAUUGGAAAAUAACCAAACUUGUGAAGGGCCUAGAGCCUGCAGGACCUCCAGCAGAAGUCAACAUUAUUUUGACCCAUGCAUUUAUUCAUCUCCAGGUGAUCAGCAUUGGCGGACUGUACAAAGAAGCAAUAGAGAAAUUCAUCCAGUUUGUGAUUAUUCAGAAAUGAGUGUGGACGGACCUGAUCUUGAGAGCCAGCAUGCAAAUUCAAGGUCCAUGGUCAGAUCGGAACACAGUUAUGAAACUCUAGACUAUGACAGACCCAGAUUAUCAGAGCUCGAAAUGGGCAGACUGGUAAAGCCAGGACAUGUCAAUUCAAGAAGGGAUGAGAAGCUGGAAAACUGGUCAAGCAAAACUGAGUCUCCAGUGAGUGUUUCUGAAAAAAUGCUUCAGAGGACAAAUAGCAUGAGGUCAAAGAAUUGGAAUCAACACCAGAGCACCCAUAGUUUAGACUCCAAAUUAUGCAAGGACCAGUUUUUGACCCCUGAUGCCUGGAUAGACUCAUUAACACUUCCUCAAGAUUCUACUAUGUCCCCCUUUGUAUCCAGACCCAACUCUGUGGCAAAUAAGCCAAAAAGUAGGACCAAAUUGCAAGAUGAUUCAUUUGUGCCUUCAGAAAUUCAAUCGCAAGUUCCUCAACGUCUAAAUCAGGCCUCUAAAUCUCCCAAUGGCUUUACCAAUGAUCAACAGCCCUACAGAAACCUAAUGCCAGAACGUAAUGCCCAUACUGCCCUACCACCAGGAGGUUCUAGCUGGCCCCGGGCUUAUUAUCCCUCACUGACAACCUUGCCAUCUGGAAGACGUAACCAAAGCCACCAGCCAGACAGAGAAGAGGAAGACAUGGAUGGGCAGGACAUGGAUGUAGAAAUUAACAUUUAUAGGAAGGGUUCUGAGACAGAAGGAAGCUACAGAAGUUAUGGAAGUCAAAGCAGUGGCAGAGGCAGCAUGGAUGCCCCUAACAGCAGGCAGUUCUCUCUCAGCCCUCCACUUACCAGCUCACCAGAGACAACAGAGGACAGUGACAGAGAUGAAGCAGCUGUACUGGAUGCUGAACAACAUGGAAGAAGAGACUCUGUGGAUGAGAGUUACGAAUGGGACCCAGCUUAUGUCCAAAUGGGGCCUGUAGUGUCAAUGAACAAGACAGGUCUACAAAAAGAAUUUAACGCAAGCCAAAGGAAGCAGAGCAGCAUUACUAAAGAUGAUGACAUUUCAAAUUUAGACCAGAAACAAAAAGGUCUUUACCCUGCAGCUGGUUUGAAGGGAUCUGUUCCAUUAUUUGAGGUUCCCAGUAUCCCUCCUUCUCAGUGUCAGCAAGAAUCACUUCUUGCUCGUGAUAUUCAGAAGAGCUUCACCUCAUUCUCAGACCCAGAGCCCGAUACUGUGCUUUUCUGAUUACUGACAGUAGGUACACCAUUCAUGCUGAUUAGCCUGCACUGUUUUCAUUUGACCUCUUUCACUCUUGAGUAGUUGAAAAUGUUUUAAAACACUUAAGAUGAUUAGAUUUUGUUUGUGGCAAAAUGUUCGCACAUUCUCAAAUCUAGUCUAAACACAGCAUGGUUCUUCUCAGCACACAUCUGAAUGGUCAAGAUGAGAUGGGACGCUUUGUCACUAUUCAUUUGAUGUCCCUGGACCACUCAAGCACACUAGAUUCUAAGAACACAGACUCCUCUGCCCAACUAAUGAAAAUGACAUUAUCUGAUGGGUGGGGCAAACCACAGUGAAGUCUAAAGAGCUUACACUAUGUGCUGGAGUUGCAAAUAAAAGGGUGGAAUAAAUAAUACAAGGCAUUGCUCUCUGCACCCCGCUGUUGCUGAUGAAACUGAAUGUGAAAUAAAAAUGUUAAAGCUGUCUCAUUGA